AUGUCUAUUUCAAAAAUUCACGCAAGAUACGUUUAUGAUUCAAGAGGAAAUCCAACUGUUGAAGUUGAAUUAACUACUGGUAAAGGUACUUUUAGAUCAAUUGUACCAUCAGGUGCUUCAACUGGUGUUCAUGAAGCUUUAGAAUUAAGAGAUGGUGAUAAAUCAAAAUGGUUAGGUAAAGGUGUUUUAAAAGCUGUUGCCAAUGUUAAUGAUGAAAUUGCUCCAGAAUUAAUUAAAGCAAAUAUCGAUGUUACUGAUCAAACUAAAAUUGAUGAUUUUUUAUUAAAAUUGGAUGGUACCCCAAAUAAAUCAAAAUUAGGUGCUAAUGCUAUUUUAGGUGUUUCAUUAGCUGCUGCUAAAGCUGGUGCAGCUCAAAAAGAUGUUCCAUUAUAUAAACAUAUUGCUGAUAUUGCUAAUGCCAAAGAAGGUAAAUAUGUUUUACCAGUCCCAUUCCAAAAUGUUUUAAAUGGUGGUUCUCAUGCUGGUGGUGAUUUAGCUUUCCAAGAAUUUAUGAUUGUUCCAUCAAAAGCUCCAUCAUUCAGUGAAGCUUUAAGAAUUGGUUCAGAAGUUUACCAUCACUUAAAAACUUUAACCAAAAAGAAAUAUGGUCAAUCAGCUGGUAAUGUUGGUGAUGAAGGUGGUGUUGCUCCAGAUAUCAAAACUGCUAAAGAAGCUUUAGAUUUAAUUGUUUCAGCAAUUGAAGCAGCUGGUCACAAAGGUAAAGUUGAUAUUGCAAUGGAUGUUGCAUCAUCAGAAUUUUAUAAAGAUGGUAAAUAUGAUUUAGAUUUCAAAAAUCCAGAUUCAGAUAAAUCACAAUGGUUAUCAGGUCCACAAUUAGCUGAAUUAUAUGGUGAAUUAAUUAAAGAAUAUCCAAUUGUUUCAAUUGAAGAUCCAUUUGCUGAAGAUGAUUGGGAAGCUUGGAGUCAUUUCUUUAAGACUAUUGAUGGUAAAGUUCAAAUUGUUGGUGAUGAUUUAACUGUCACUAACCCAAUUAGAAUUAAAAAAGCUAUUGAAACUAAAGCUGCUGAUGCUUUAUUAUUAAAAGUUAAUCAAAUUGGUACUUUAACUGAAUCAAUCCAAGCUGCUAAUGAUUCAUAUGCUGCUGGUUGGGGUGUUAUGGUCUCACAUAGAUCAGGUGAAACUGAAGAUACUUUUAUUGCUGAUUUAUCGGUCGGUAUUAGAUCAGGUCAAAUUAAAACUGGUGCACCAGCUAGAUCAGAAAGAUUAGCUAAAUUAAAUCAAAUCUUAAGAAUUGAAGAAGAAUUAGGUGAUGAUGCUAUUUAUGCUGGUACUGAUUUCCAUAAUGCUCAUUCUUUAUAA